GGGCAGCAUGGAUCCCGGGCCGCCGCCUCAGCCGCCGCAGCCCCCGCCGGCCGCCGCGCAGGGCCAGGGGCCGCCGGCCGCGCAGCCCCCCUCGAGCCAGGGGCCCUCGGCGGCGGCCGGGCCGCCCGCGCCCCCGGGGUCGCAGGCGGCGCCGCAGGCCCCCCCGGCCGGCCACCAGAUCGUGCACGUCCGGGGGGACUCGGAGACCGACCUGGAGGCGCUCUUCAACGCCGUCAUGAACCCCAAGACGGCCAACGUGCCCCAGACGGUGCCCAUGCGGCUGCGGAAGCUGCCCGACUCCUUCUUCAAGCCGCCGGAGCCCAAGUCGCACUCCCGCCAGGCCAGUACUGAUGGGGGCACCGGAGGAGCCCUGACCCCGCAGCAUGUUCGAGCUCAUUCCUCACCUGCUUCCCUGCAGCUGGGCGCUGCAUCCCCAGGGAGCCUAACACCCACCGGGGUGGUCUCAGGCCCAGCAGCGACCCCCACCGCUCAGCACCUUCGACAGUCUUCUUUUGAGAUCCCUGAUGAUGUCCCUCUGCCGGCGGGCUGGGAGAUGGCAAAGACGUCCUCUGGUCAGAGAUACUUCUUAAAUCACAUCGAUCAGACAACAACGUGGCAGGACCCCAGGAAGGCCAUGCUGUCCCAGAUGAGCGUCACGGCACCCACCAGCCCCCCAGUGCAGCAGAGUCUGAUGACCUCGGCCUCAGGUCCUCUUCCGGAUGGAUGGGAACAAGCCAUGACUCAGGACGGAGAGAUAUACUAUAUAAACCAUAAGAACAAGACCACCUCUUGGCUAGACCCAAGGCUUGAUCCUCGUUUUGGUAAAGCCAUGAACCAGAGGAUCAGCCAGAGCGCCCCGGUGAAGCAGCCCCCGCCCCUGGCCCCGCAGAGCCCUCCGGGGGGCGUCCUGGGCGGCAGCGGCCCCGGCCCGCAGCAGAUGCGGCUGCAGCAGCUGCAGAUGGAGAAGGAGCGGCUGCGCCUGAAGCAGCAGGAGCUGCUCCGGCAGGCAAUGCGGAAUAUCAAUCCCAGCACAGCAAAUUCUCCAAAAUGUCAGGAAUUAGCUCUCCGUAGCCAGUUACCGACACUGGAGCAGGAUGGCGGGACUCCAAACCCGGUGCCCUCCCCUGGGAUGUCUCAGGAACUGAGAACAAUGACCACCAGCGGCUCGGACCCCUUUCUAAACAGUGGCACCUACCACUCGAGGGAGGAGAGCACAGACAGUGGGCUGAGCAUGAGCAGCUACAGCGUGCCUCGGACUCCAGACGACUUCUUGAACAGCGUUGACGAGAUGGACACAGGCGACACUAUCAACCAAAGCACCGUGCCCCCCCAGCAGAGCCGUUUCCCAGACUACCUAGAAGCCCUUCCGGGGACAAACGUGGACCUUGGCACGCUGGAGGGCGACGGGAUGAGCAUGGAAGGGGAGGAGUUGAUGCCCAGCCUGCAGGAGGCCCUGAGCUCUGACAUCCUCAGCGACAUGGAGUCUGUGCUCGCCGCCACCAAGCUCGAUAAGGAAAGCUUUCUCACGUGGUUGUAGAGCCCGCAGGUAGACCGAAUGCCACAUCUGUGAAGGAUCCAAGGAGAGGUUCUCCAGGAAGCCAGUCGCAGUCUCCGGGUUCACGCCGGAGAAGAGGAAUAGACGUCCAGCAGGAUUCUUCGAUCCGUCGUUUCGCUCUUCUUGUCCGUUGCUGCUGUUGAUAUAUUGCUGACCUCUUUCAUAGUUGGCUCUAAAGAAUCAAAAAACA